AUGGCGACCAUGUUAGUGAAAGACAAACUGAUGGACACUUCGAAAACGGUUCAGAAGCCGCCGAAAAAGCCCGCGAAGAAGAAAGCGUCCUCCAAGCCGGCCAGAUCUGAACAAAACAACAACGACAAUCCGCAGCGUUCCAGCGCAGAGAACAAGAACGACAUGCUGGCGGCCUAUCAGCCGUGGGUCAUCCAGACCUACGGCGACUUGGCCAAAACGAAGACCAUCACAUUGAAAAAGUACGCGAGGAUUCUGCGCACUCUCAGAGGCGAAGAGAUCGUGAGUGCGGACAACAGUAAAUUCCGCUUUUGGGUGAAGGCGAAGGGGUUUUGCGUGGGGCAACCGGCGGGGUAUGAGGCAAAGCCGGCAGAUGGCAUCGUGGGACGGUACAGUGUUUGCGAUUCGGACGAGGGGAUACCGCCUCUGAAUGAUAAGCUGAUGGGGAGCGCCAAGGACCCACCUUUGUAUGUGCCGAACGCACCCUUCAAGCGAAAAUGCUGCAAAGCGAGUAACCAAUCAAUUUUUGAUCCUUGUCCAUUCCUGCUCAGCCCUCAGCGGGUAAUGGCGUGUAAAUCCGUUGUCGAUACGGAUCGACAGCCAAAAACGUCUGGAGUGGAGCGAAGCAGGCGAGGCUUCAAGGGAAAGUGCAAAGAGACGGAAACUCCGAAGACGGGGACGAGAGGGCUGCAGAUGGGAGAGUCGCAACUCGCAAUAUCCCGACAGGCUGCGUCGAGCGUGUCAUUAUGGAAGAUUGCACAGCCCGCUGCCGAUUAG